AUGCAACUCGUCCGACAACCUCUCCUUUUCUACGAUAAGCCAAACAACGUUGUGAGAAGGUACGGUGGUUGGCCAUAUGAAGCAGUGGACUUUGACUCGGAAGUAUGGUCUUUCGAGCCCGGAUCGAGCGUGAUCAAUUGGGUAAACAACACAGCCGGAGAUGUCACUCCCACAAACAAUGGACUCUCCCUGGACUCUCAAGGCCCCUUUGCAUCAGCCAACGCCUUCUCCGACUCUACGUUCUUCAGUCUCGGUGGAAACAUUAUGGCCCCUGGUGACUUCCCCAAUAUGACCGUCAUGGCGGGACUCGUCACCCAAGACUUCGCGUCUACGACCUGGAGCAACAAAUCGGCUGAGCUACCAACCCAAAGCAAAUUCCGAACCGAGGCUCGCGCUGUUCAUGUUCCUAAUUUCGGGGAAGAGGGCUUUCUAGUGGUGGUCGGAGGAGAAGCACCGCCCACAGAAGUGUCGGUCUACGAAACAGGCUUUGCCAUGGUCGAUAUGUCUGUGAUCACUCUGUACGAUAUCGCCAAUGAUACCUGGUUCACCCAAGAAGCUACCGGAGACAUUCCACCACCGCGAUCGGAAUUCUGUGCAGUUGGAACCCCGUCCAGCGACGGUCAAUACUUUGAAUUGUUUGUCUACGGCGGUUCGACAAAUUCUACGUUCGACCUGAACCAUGGCGACGAUGAGGGGUAUCUGAACGUCUAUGCUUUAUCCCUCCCGGCUUUCCGCUGGUUCAAAUCAUCUGCGUCGACGCCCGCAAGGAGAGCAUGCAAUACAUGCAGUGUCAUUGGCAACCGGCAGAUGAUCUCGAUCGGGGGAAGACUGCCGAGCUCACUGGAAGCGUCAGGGCAAGCGCAAGACCCAUGGGCCAAUGGAAUAGGCGUCUUCGACCUUACCGAUUUCGUCUGGAAGGACCACUAUGAUGCCGCGGCCGCGGCGUACGAGUCGCCCGAUGUUGUGAAGAAGUAUUACUCGUCCGACUACCAAGAGCCGGCAUGGGGUGAAAAUGCGCAAUCGCUCGCGUCGGUAUUCGCUUAUACUCCAACCAAAUCGUCGGAUGCCCCGGGAAAUACAACUUCCCCCGGAGGCUCCUCCACUGGGGGCUCCUCCCCUGACAACAAUGAGAAGAAAUCUCAGAGUAGCCAUACUGGAGCGAUCGCUGGCGGUGUUGUUGGCGGUGUCCUGGGGCUCGCCGCCAUACUCGGACUGGGCUACUGGAUCAGACGACGAAGACGCCCAAGCAACGUCCCUAGUGAGAAGCAGCACUGGCAUGAACUAGAACCACCGACCGACUCUGUCCCAUCACCGAACAUCUACGAAGCAGACACCAGCAAGCCUAGGUCUGAGCUUGAUGGGGUGGCGCCCAAAUAUCAAACGGUUGCCGAGUUACCCGCGAACGCGAACGACGAUGACGGGGGUCGAUUGCAGCCUGGUAGAUGA